AUGGAUAAAAAUGAAAGUAACGAGUCAGGGAUGACAAGCGGCCGGUGUCCCGAUGAUGCAGUACAAAAAGGACAAAAUUCAGCACAGGAUUCUGGUGAAAGUGAUUCUUCUAAGUUGUCCAAGAAAAGCUUCAAGCUGGAUUACAGACUAGAGGAAGAUGUAACUAAAUCAAAGAAGGGCAAAGAUGGGAGGUUUGUUAACCCGUGGCCCACAUGGAGGAAUCCGUCCUUUUCCAAUGCUCUCAAGUGGCUAAUCACGGAGAAGAAUCACAGCAGCGUUCCGAGCUGCAAAGAGGAACUUGACAAAGAGCUCCCAGUGCUUAAACUCUAUUUUAUUGACGACCCUGGAGAAGCCAGAGUGCGGGAGGCAGGCUUACGGGCCACCUGGCUGGGCCAUGCAACACUGCUCAUCGAAACGGAUGAGCUCAUCUUCCUCAUAGAUCCCAUCUUCAGCUCUCGCGCCUCUCCAUUCCAGUACCUGGGUGCAAAGCGGUUUCGUCCUCCCCCGUGCAUGAUAGAGGAACUCCCCCGGAUAAAUGCCGUCCUCAUCAGUCACAACCACUACGACCACCUGGACUACAACUCUGUUGUUGCCUUGAACGAGCGAUUUGGAAAUGAACUGAGGUGGUUCGUGCCUUUGGGUCUCCUUGACUGGAUGCAAAAGUGUGGCUGUGAGAACGUCAUUGAGCUGGACAGGUGGGUGGAGAAUUGUGUCCCUGGCCACAACCAGGUCACCUUCGUCUUCACGCCUUCGCAGCACUGGUGCAAAAGGACUCUCAUGGAUGACAACAAGGUUCUGUGGGGCGGCUGGUCUGUCUUGGGGCCUUGGAAUCGAUUUUUUUUUGCAGGAGAUACUGGUUAUUGCUCUGAGUUUGAAGAGAUAGGAAAGAGAUUUGGACCUUUUGACCUUGCAGCUAUUCCCAUUGGAGCUUACGAGCCAAGGUGGUUUAUGAAAUACCAGCAUGUAGACCCGGAAGAAGCCAUAAGGAUUCACACUGACGUUCAAGCAAAGAAAUCUGUGGCCAUUCACUGGGGAACUUUUGCCUUAUGCUGUCGUCAUUACUUAGAGCCUCCAGUGAAACUGAGUGAAGCUUUGGAAAGAUAUGGACUUAAGACUGAAGUUUUUUUUGUCUUGAAGCAUGGAGAAUCAAGAUACUUAAAUACUGAUAAUUAA